AUGGAUCCUGAGGUCUCUGUGCUGUUGCACUGCACUGCCUGGGGAGGUCUCCUGGAACCACAGAUGCAGGUGGAGCUUUAUGCCAGGUAACUUCAUAAUACAUUACAAUCGAUAGACUACUUAUAACAACCAACUGACUGUAAAACCAGUUAUCAAACAUAAUGGCUCUUUUGUCCUCCCUCCCUCCCUCCCUCCCUCCCUCCCUCCCUCCCUCCCUCCCUCCCUCCCUCCCUCUCUCCCUAUCGCUCUCUCUCUCUCUUUCUAUCCAUCCGUCAGACGUAGACAGCACUGGAACGUCACAUUGAGGAGGUGUGGAUAGAGAGGGUGACCAGGGAGCCAUGGCUUUUCAAUGGGGCCAAAUUCAGCCUGCACUCUUUCAGUCUGGCCUCCCCCCAGCCCUCCUGACCACCUACACCCCAGCCUCCCUGCAUGAAUGGAGCAGGAGACAGAGAUGGAAGGCAAUGUAGCAUUCAGAAGGAAGAAGAGGGCUUACACAAGACAAGGGGGACGCCGACUCUGGAAGAGCAGAGGUGCUCAGACACCAAAGUGAUCAAAUAGACAAAGUCAUAGGCGACGACAGCAUAAUGACAUUGAUUUGAGUAGCUAUAAGCAGAGGGAGGGGAACCUCAGAGACUCACAAACCUCCACCCCAGGGUGCAGAAACCGAGAUCCUGCUGUGGGCAGCAGAAGCUCAACCCUGCCCACAGAGAGAUGUGGGUGGGAAGGGUGAGAGGCCCACUCCCAUCCUGAACCUGAGGUUGGGCCUGACCUACUAUAGGGACUUCCUGGGCACCAACUGGUCUCAGAGAGCUAUGCCAGUGUCGGGAGGUGGAGUUUGGGGAUCCUCUGGCGCUAUUGGCUCAGCCAGUGGCGGGGGCAUCCCUGGGGGGCACCCUGAACCAAAGGUGAGACACGUGGAGAACGAGGGUGAAAGUUACUUAUGACAACUUACUGAUGAUAUCUCCUCCCCCUUUCCCCCAGCCUGUGUUUGAAGGCCUUGACGAAGAGGACAGGAUCAGGGUGGAGAUGCUGCAGCGGCGGGACGAGGCUGUUGAGACAGACAGGAGGCAGUUGAGACAGACAGGAGGCUGUUGAGACAGACAGGAGGCAGAUGAGACAGACAGGAGGCUGUUGAGACAGACAGGAGGCAGAUGUGACAGACAGGGGGCUGUUGAGACAGACAGGAGGCAGAUGAGACACACAGGAGGCAGAUGACACAGACAGGAGGCAGAUGAGACAGACAGGAGGCAGAUGAGACAGACAGGAGGCAGUUGAGACAGACAGGAGGCAGAUGAGACAGACAGGAGGCAGUUGAGACAGACAGGAGGCAGAUAAGACAGAGAGGGGGCUGUUGAGACAGACAGGAGGCAGAUGAGACAGACAGGAGGCAUAUGAGACAGACAGGAGGCUGUUGAGACAGACAGGAGGCAGAUGAGACAGACAGGAGGCUGUUGAGACAGACAGGAGGCAGAUGAGACAGACAGGAGGCAGAUGAGACAGACAGGAGGCUGUUGAGACAGACAGGAGGCUGUUGAGACAGACAGGAGGCAGAUGAGACAGACAGGAGGCUGUUGAGAUAGACAGGAGGCAGAUGAGACAGACAGGAGGCAGAUGAGACAGACAGGAGGCUGUUGAGACAGACAGGAGGCAGAUGAGACAGACAGGAGGCUGUUGAGACAGACAGGAGGCAGAUGAGACAGACAGGAGGCAGAUGAGACAGACAGGAGGCUGUUGAGACAGACAGGAGGCAGAUGAGACAGACAGGAGGCAGAUGAGACAGACAGGAGGCUGUUGAGACAGACAGGAGGCAGAUGAGACAGACAGGAGGCUGUUGAGACAGACAGGAGGCUGUUGAGACAGACAGGAGGCAGAUGAGACACACAGGAGGCAGAUGACACAGACAGGAGGCAGAUGAGACAGACAGGAGGCAGAUGAGACAGACAGGAGGCAGUUGAGACAGACAGGAGGCAGAUGAGACAGACAGGAGGCAGUUGAGACAGACAGGAGGCAGAUAAGACAGAGAGGGGGCUGUUGAGACAGACAGGAGGCAGAUGAGACAGACAGGAGGCAUAUGAGACAGACAGGAGGCUGUUGAGACAGACAGGAGGCAGAUGAGACAGACAGGAGGCUGUUGAGACAGACAGGAGGCAGAUGAGACAGACAGGAGGCAGAUGAGACAGACAGGAGGCUGUUGAGACAGACAGGAGGCUGUUGAGACAGACAGGAGGCAGAUGAGACAGACAGGAGGCUGUUGAGAUAGACAGGAGGCAGAUGAGACAGACAGGAGGCAGAUGAGACAGACAGGAGGCUGUUGAGACAGACAGGAGGCAGAUGAGACAGACAGGAGGCUGUUGAGACAGACAGGAGGCAGAUGAGACAGACAGGAGGCAGAUGAGACAGACAGGAGGCUGUUGAGACAGACAGGAGGCUGUUGAGACAGACAGGAGGCAGAUGAGACAGACAGGAGGCAGAUGAGACAGACAGGAGGCAGAUGAGACAGACAGGAGGCAGAUGAGACAGACAGGAGGCUGUUGAGACAGACAGGAGGCUGUUGAGACAAAGAAACAGCUGCUGGUCAUAUGAGACUGAGUGGUCAAGGACAGUCCGUCUCUGUUUAUGUCUCCUUUCUUUCUUGAGCUCUCUCUCCCACAUCUUUCUUUCUCUCUUCGUCCCUCUCUCCAUCUCUAAUUUUCUUUCUCCAUCUCUUUCAUUAAGUUAGUCAUAAUUUUACGAUCAUUACGACCUCACCCUCUCUCUGUCUAUCUGCAGGUAAAUGUUCCUGUGUUCUCUGGGUGAGCCGGUAAUGAUGGGCAUUGCUCUGAAUCUCACCAGUGCAGGCAGACCCAGCACAAGGUUCUACAUCAGCUACUCACACAGGAAGUGACAUCAUAGAAAAGAGCCCUUCAUUAUCAGGUCCAUGUUUGGUAACUGACCACAAAAUGACAUGCAGUAUUAUGAAAUCCAAUGCUAUGUGUCUGUAUCCAGUUGUUCGUUGAUUUCCACAGAAGUUUGAGCGAUUUACCGGCAGGGGGGCGUCGAGGCCCAGGAGUCUACAGAUAUCGUGUUGUUGAGCCAAAUGGUAAGGAGUGCCACAACACAGUUACCCAAUACAGCAUUACAGUGUAGUGACCAAGCACGUUCAAAAUGUGACAUUGCCGGUAUCUGUGAACCGUAAUCUGUGCAUAAAGAAAUAUCCAAUAACAUAUUUCGUCAUUGAAACAUAGAUAUCGAACAAUGUCAUCCAUGUAAUGUGUAAUGAAUCUUUGAAUGCGUGUCUUGUGAUUUGAAGGAGGUGCUGUGGUCGUAGUUGUGUCCUUCAGCCAAAGGUGCAGUGCUGCUCUAUCAACUAGUGCUGCCUGACCAAGAAGACAGACGCAAUCGAUCACAGACUCCAGCUACCUCACCGGAUAAAAAUUCCAGAUGAUGAAAUGAAUACAAUAGACAUUUUCUUCAAAGAAAAAGCAGCGAUUUAAUGCUGUUGUUGUUGCUUUAAGAGACAAUACUGUUGAAGUUUAAGCCCGCUGCUAUGAAAAUGUCUACGUAAACAUUCCCUGAUAUAAAGCUCCAGCAGUAUUACAAGAAUUCAAGGAUUACCAACAAACAAACAAAAUAACUCUGUACAAACAUUGUUUGAUGUUUGACCCUUAGGCACCUGGUGGAGGCACAAUAUUACCCAACUUUGCAUAAAAAUGCUGUAAGAUAAAGUAAGAAAUUAUAACUACAUUUAUAAUAAAUAUUUUAUAAAACCACUUGAUGAUUUUGCCCCUCUCUUAAGGCAUUUAACAGUAACCCAGGUAACUGUCGUAAACGUAGUUCCUGUUGCCGUAGUUGCCCUGGUCUUGGUAACCCUGAUUCUUGUUGCCAUAGUAGCCUUUGUCUUGGUAACCCUGAUUCUUCACUGUAUAGGCUUGCACAGUAUGUUACUCCAUUAAACUUAAUCUGUGUGCAAAUUAUGCAACUCAGAACAACUCAAUGAUUUAUAUGCUGCUACUCUAUAGACGUUUUUGAAUUGUGUGAAUACUUACGAAAUUAUCCUAAAAAAGGUAAUUGCUCAUUGUUUAUAUUCUGUAUUGUAUUUCUCUGACCUUUGACCUUGUGGAGAUCUGUUUCAGGGAUCUCCUCCCCCUCUUCCUCCCUGUUGCUCCUGCAGACGCUUCUUCCACUCCUCUGUGGAGGGGAAUACCACAACCACCCUGCGCCUGAAACCACCGAACCACAGCAGCCUCUGGCGCUGA